AUGGAGUCACUGGGUGCUGCAAAUACCAAGUUCUCCUUGGACCUGUUUAAGAAGAUAAGUGAGAGUAAGAAAACGGACAACAUCUUCUACUCUCCACUCAGCAUCUCCUCAGCUCUGGCCAUGGUGUACAUGGGCGCCCGGGGGAACACAGCUACACAGAUAGCUGAGGUGAUGCUUGCCUGUGCCUGUCUUCAGUCUCCCCUUCAUGAAGCUGAUGAUGACAUUCAUGCUGGAUUCAACAAACUGAUGUCUGAGCUCAACAAAGAGGGUGCCCCGUAUGCUCUGAGCCUGGCAAAUCGCCUGUAUGGGGAGCAAUCCUACGAGUUUGUGGAGAAAUACAUUCAGGACACAAAGAAGUUCUAUCAGGCAGAGCUGGAGACUGUUGACUUCAAAAAAAAAGCAGAGGAUGAAAGGGUGAAGAUUAACAGCUGGGUGGAGAAGCAGACUCAAGAGAAAAUCAAGAACUUGUUGGCAGCAGGGAUUGUUCACAAUAUGACCAGACUGGUGUUGGUGAAUGCCAUCUAUUUUAAGGGUAACUGGGACAAUAAAUUCAAAGAGGCCAACACAAAGGAAGUUCCGUUCGAAUUGAGCAAGAAUGAAAGUAAGCCAGUACAGAUGAUGCACCAGAAGGCCAAAUUUGGUUUGGGGUUCAUUCCGGAGGUCAGUUGUCAUAUUCUGGAGAUGCCUUACAUUGGUAAAGAGCUGAGCAUGCUCAUUAUUCUGCCCAGAGAGAUUGAGGAUGACUCCACAGGGCUUGAGAGGUUGGAAAGGGAGCUUACAUACGAAAAGCUCAUUCAGUGGACACAGCCUGAAAAUAUGGGUACUCCUGAGGUAAAUGUAGCUCUGCCCAAGUUCAAGAUGGAAGAGAGCUAUGACCUAGAAGAUAUUCUGGUCAGUAUGGGCAUGAAGGAUGCCUUCCUUGUGUCCAAAAGUGAUUUCUCUGGCAUGUCUCCCAGCGAUGACCUGGUGGUGUCCAAAGUGGUGCACAAGGCCUUUGUGGAGGUGAACGAGGAGGGCACAGAGGCUGCUGCUGCCACUGCUGUCAAGUCUAAGUUUCGAUGUGGCCCAAUUAGGUUCACCGCAGACCAUCCCUUCCUGUUCUUCAUCAGACACAACCCCACUCAGAGCAUCCUCUUCUAUGGCCGUUUCUGCUCCCCUUGA